AUGACCCCUCACUGGUGCAUGACCGGAUCUGAGUGCAGUACACUAGCCGAUGGGGCUCAAUCGGUACGCGGUUUCGGUUUUAAACGCGGAUCUCCUCAACCUACUCCGCACGCCAUGCUAGUUAAUUUGGUACAAGUCAAUAAAGCAUCGCUUCGACUAGAGUUCAACGCCGAUCCAAAGGUUGGAGAUCCUCUUGUCUCUCGAUACGACCUGGUUGAUGUUAAUAUUCUUGUCGACAAAAAUAGCAAACCUCCCAUGUAUGUUGCAGACGAGAAACUGAUCAUCAACCAUGAUGCUAUUAUACCAGGUGAACUUCGUGGUUUUAGUGGCUCGGGCGAUGAGAUUCUAUACAUAGCAUCUCCGGUCGAAGCUAAUAACAUCGAUGUCAUGGCCUUCCACCUAACAACUGGAGCUAUUCGUCGCCUUACCAGUCAUCCCGAUUACACUGAUCCAAUUACCAUGUCCCACGAUAAUCAAUGGAUAGUUGCUAUGGACACGCAUGUUGUAGGCCGCCAGAUGUUCAUGUCUGGUAUGAGAUGGAUCCCUCCUAUCAUCGACUACCUUGUUGUGGCCAUCGCUUCGUCAACUCGCAACAACGGUCCACGAAGGUUCUUCCAGCCGAUUCUCAUCAGUCACGAUGGGGAUAGUGGAAACUAUUUCGGUCAGCAGGUCAAUGCGGACGGUGACGGAAGUGACGGAAGUGCCAAUGACCCCAACUGGAAUGGCAGAGCUGAUCCUGCCGUUUCUCCUGAUAGCACAAUGAUUGGAUAUUGGCAAGCUCUUGUGGUAUCCCCCUCUUGCGGUGGUGCCAACCCACUCCCAUGUCCAGUUUCUACCGCCCAAGGAGGUCGCAACUACCGUGUGAUGCUUGCCCGUCGCACCUCUCUGAAGCCCUCAGAACCAGCACCGGUCUUUGAAGCACCCAACUUCAUCCCUUGGGCGAAGCCAUUCCCCGCUGGCAGUACAGCACCGACCCAGUAUCAGAUCCCAGCCGGUAAUUACACACUGCAGGGUCAGCUGUCAGGCUUUGCUGAGGUUGAGUUCAUUGAGGACUCCGACGCUGGCACUAUUCAAACUAUCUCGGCGUCCUAUAGCAACUAUUCUGAUCAAGACGGCUACACAAUUGACGGAUAUGAGAAGGUUUCCAAGUGGAAGUUGCUUCCCAAUGUUUGGAAAGACCGAGUGGAAUGGUUCUCCAACAUCACGCAGACUGGAGUAGUGAAAGGUACCAAGGUAACAAGCGAACAUGGGUUUGAAAUAGAGAUAGAUGUGUCGGUUAACAUCAUGGAGACGAACGGAACAUUGACAACGGUCCUUGAUGAGAUCAAGUAUGUGCAACCGGCUGCAGGUACCUAG